CUGCAGGGGAGAGAGCGAGAGAGAGAGAGCGAGCGAGCGCGCGGCCACUGGACUCCAUUAACGCGAAUCCCUCCAGGAGCUCCGCCGCUGGACUUUAACUGGUUUUCUUUCAGGAACCUUCCUCAUGAUAGGAUUAAACACACGACUGAAGGAAAGAAAACUCGCUUACUGUUGAAGUUCGGGACACUGAAGUGCUGUUUUGUGGAUUUGCGUCGCUGUAUUCGUGAAGGAUGGCGUUGGAUGGUAUACGGAUGCCAGAUGGCUGCUAUGCAGAUGGCACCUGGGAACUGAAGAUGCACGUCACUGACCUGAACAGAGACGUUUCAUUGAGAGUCACCGGGGAGAUUCACAUCGGUGGUGUGAUGCUCAAACUCGUGGAGAAACUCGAUGUGAAGAAGGAUUGGUCUGAUCAUGCCCUGUGGUGGGAGAAGAAAAAGACCUGGCUGCUGAAGACUCACUGGACUCUUGAUAAAUAUGGCAUUCAGGCCGACGCCAGGCUGCUCUUUACCCCACAGCACAAACUGUUACGACUUCAGUUGCCCAACAUGAAACACAUGAGGGUAAAAGUCAACUUCUCUGACCGAGUCUUCAAGGCCGUGUCUGACAUCUGCAAAACCUUCAACAUCCGCCAUCCGGAGGAGCUCUCUCUAUUGCGCAAACCACGCGACCCCAAGAAGAAAAAGAAAAAGCUGGAGGAGGCAGAGGAGGAGGCGUUGGAGCUGGAAGGACCACUGCUCACCCCUGGAUCAGCCUCUGAGGUAAUAUACAUUGGACCGGUGAAAGUUCUGUUUAGUGACACUAAUGGCCCGGAAAUGACUUCCCCUUUAACAUCCGAUAAGAGGAGCAUCUACUCCAGUCCUGGACUUUACAGCAAGACCAUGACCCCUACAUAUGACUCUCGUGACGGCAGUCCUCUGUCUCCCACGACAGCGUGGUUUGGAGACAGCCCGCUGUCAGAGGGCAAUCCCAGCAUCCUCGCUGUCAGCCAGCCCAUCACCUCUCCUGACAUUGUGGUGAAGCUCUACAAACCACAGUCUUUGUUGGACAAGGCCAAGAUCAACCAGGGGUGGCUGGACUCCUCCAGAUCACUGAUGGAGCAGGAUGUGAAAGAGAAUGAGGUUCUUUUACUGCGGUUCAAGUAUCACAGCUUCUUUGACCUCAAUCCUAAGUAUGAUGCCAUCAGGGUGAACCAGCUGUAUGAGCAGGCUAAAUGGGCUAUCCUGCUGGAGGAGAUCGAAUGCACUGAGGAAGAGAUGAUGAUGUUUGCCGCGCUGCAGUACCACAUCAACAAGCUGUCCAUCAUGUCCUCAGACAAUCAUAUGAACAACAGUGAGAAAGAGGUGGAUGAAGUGGAUGCUGCUCUGUCAGACCUCGAGAUCACACUAGAGGGAGGAAAGACCUCCAACACACUGGGUGACAUCACAUCUAUUCCUGAAUUGGCCGACUAUGUUAAAGUCUUCAAACCAAAGAAACUCACUCUGAAGGGAUACAAGCAGUACUGGUGCACAUUUAAGGACAUCACGAUCUCCUGCUAUAAGAGUCGCGAGGAGGCGCACCUCACGCCAGCGCAUCAGAUGAACCUGAGAGGUUGUGAAGUCACACCAGAUGUGAACAUCUCAGGUCAGAAAUUCAACAUUAAGCUGCUAAUCCCUGUAGCAGAUGGUAUGAAUGAGAUUUGGCUGAGAUGUGACACGGAGAAGCAGUACGCUCAGUGGAUGGCCGCCUGUCGUCUGGCCUCUAAAGGGAAGACGAUGGCAGACAGUUCUUAUAAUCUGGAGGUGCAGAACAUUCUGUCGUUCCUGAAGAUGCAACACCUGAACCCUGACCCUCAGAUCAUAGAGCCCAUCAGCACAGACAUCAACUCUGAGUGUCUGGUGUCACCACGCUAUCUGAAGAAAUACAAGAACAAGCAGCCAGGCUUUGUCAGGGACUUGAUUUCUGCCCGUAUUCUGGAAGCUCAUCAGAAUGUGGCACAGAUGAGCCUGAUCGAGGCCAAGAUGCGUUUCAUUCAGGCCUGGCAGUCCUUGCCGGAGUUUGGAAUGACCCAUUUUCUUGCCAAGUUUCAGGGGGGCAAGAGAGACGAGUUGAUUGGCAUCACUUACAACAGACUGAUCCGCAUGGACGCCAGCACAGGUGACGCCAUCAAGACCUGGCGCUUUAGCAACAUGAAACAGUGGAACGUCAACUGGGAGAUCAAGAUGGUCACGGUGGAGUUUGCAGACGAGCCCAGUCUGGCUUUUAUCUGUGCGGAGGUCGACUGCAAAGUCGUGCACGAGUUCAUCGGCGGUUACAUUUUCCUGUCCACGCGUGCCAAGGACCAGAACGAAUCUCUAGAUGAAGAGAUGUUCUACAAGCUGACCAGCGGUUGGAUCUGAGCGCUGCUCGUCCUUCAGCAUCAGGGGAGGGGAUUGACUUUAUUUUACUUUAACACUUCUUUUCUUUUUUAACUGCGCCAACACGGUCACAUCAUAUUUGUUACAAAACUGACGUGUUUGUUACAUUUUCGCUCAUGAAUGCGACACUAGCAGAAGAUCGUCGAGAUGUCAUGAGUCAGCGGAGAACGCUCUUGCUCUCUCAAAGACGUCGCCCGGUCAGAUUUUUCUCCAGGGCGGUUUACUGCUUCUCCCCAGCUAUUAUUACGCUGUCAGACUGAAGCAGUUUGUCACCCUUGUGCGUCGCUAGUGCGAUACCUUUCACCCUAAAUAGAAAUAUGCCAGCUUUUGCACCAAGAAAAUGCCAAUCUAUUUAUUUGUCACUAACUUGUGUAACAUUUACAUUGUGUUUCUGGAUAAUCGUUGGAUGUUGCGGUGAUCAUUUGUGCCUAUUAAUCAUUUAUAUGCUAACUGCAGCGCAUUAAUGUGAUGUCAUAGAGACACUACAGAAGGAA